AUGAAGAUUGCUGGUUUCUCUGAUUGUCCUGCAUGUUGUUGUUCUCUUGUUUUGUUGCAGAAAGUGGUGUUGAAAUUGGAUUUACACAAUGACAAAGCAAAGCAGAAAGCCAUGAAAUCCGUUUCUAGUCUAUCAGGCAUCGAUUCCAUCUCCAUGGACAUGAAGGAGAAGAAACUGACUGUAGUGGGUGACAUAGACCCUGUGAGUGUGGUGAGCAAAUUGAGAAAAACAUGGCACACGGAAAUUGUAAGUGUUGGGCCGGCAAAAGAGCCAGAGAAGAAGAAAGAUGAUGGGAAAAAAGAUGAUGACAAGAAGAAAGAUCCAAACCAACAAAUUGAGGAGCUUGUCAAGCUCUACAAAUCAUACAACCCCCACAUGACCACAUACUACUAUGUUCAGAGUGCUGAAGAGAACCCUAAUGCUUGGUUGCUUCAACCACCCAAGCAUCAAGUAGGUCCUGAAGCUAGUGACUCUUCCAGUGCAUUAGGAGCUAUAUAUGUAAAAUCCACUGAAGCAGAGCAUUGCAUUAUUCUAGUAUAUGCAAUUGAAGUGGUUAUUGAUGACAUGGAAGUUGCUUAA